GAGAGAACAGUCAGACACAGAGGAGCACUGCUUUGAAGAGGAGGGCUUCCUCAUGCAAAGCAUUGCUUGGAAUUAAAACCUGACUUCUGGGCGGCUGUCGAAGGAGGAAUUAUAACAAUAAAAUGAAUCUUCUUUGGUUCUGGAUGCUGAUGGCGACUAUUAAGGUCGUUCUGGGUGGAAAGACAGAGCAGUCGUUGCUAAGCAAGCAGGAAUUGUUGCCGUGCACACGGGGGUUUACACAGGAGGAAUACAUCAUCGAAAUGGACCAAGAGCUGGCAAAGGGACAGGCUGUCUUCAACGUGACCUUCGUGGACUGUGGUCAAGGGAAGGUGUGGUUCAAGGUUGGACACUCUUCUGAUUUCAGCAUCAGUGAGGAAGGUGUGGUCUACACCAGACGACGUCUCAACCUGGGGGAAAGGAAGAAGGCUGAGGUGGUUGUGUAUGCUCAAGAUCUGCAGUCCAAGCAGGUCUGGAAAUCCAGAGUGCAUCUCCAUGUUCAUCCAGAUAGCAGCCACGUUUCCCUGGAACAGGUAAAGCCCAGUGAUGCAGCACUGACUCAGCAGGUACCACAGAUCUUGUUUCCAUGGGGCAGCGUGGUUGUCAGGGGUGAUGGCAGUCUGAGGCGUGUGAAGAGAGACUGGGUCAUUCCACCUAUCAACGUCCCCGAGAACUCACGGGGACAGUUCCCCGAGGAUCUAGUCAGGAUUCGGUCAGACCGGGACAAGAACCGGAUGCUGCGUUAUAGCGUAACAGGGCCCGGGGCCGACCAGCCACCGACCGGGAUCUUCAUCAUCAACCCAAUCUCAGGCCAGCUGUCUGUCACCAAACCCCUGGACAGAGAGCACAUCUCCAACUUCCAUUUGCGAGCCCAUGCUGUGGACCUGAAUGGGAAUCAAGUGGAAAACCCCAUCGACAUCGUUAUUAAUGUCAUCGACCAGAAUGACAACAGACCAGAGUUUACGCACACUAUCUUCAAUGGUUCUGUUCCUGAGGGAUCCAAACCUGGAUCCUUUGUGAUGGCAUUGACAGCAGUGGACAAGGAUGAUCCAAAAACAGCCAAUGGGAUGUUGCGAUACAAGAUCCUCUCCCAGAAUCCCCAGAGCCCCUCUUCCAACAUGUUUACUAUUAACAACAAAACUGGUGACAUCAUCACUGUGGCAGCAGGCCUUGAUCGGGAGAAAGUCACACAGUACACCCUGAUCAUCCAGGCUACUGACAUGGAGGGAAAUCCAACAUAUGGCCUUUCCAACACUGCCACCACUGUCAUCAGGAUCACUGAUGUCAAUGACAAUCCCCCUGAAUUCACCACAGAAACGUUCUUUGGGGAGGUUCACGAGAACAGGGUGAACGUGAUUGUUACUAACCUGACUGUGACAGACAAGGACCAGCCCCACACGCCGGCCUGGAGCACUGUGUACCGCAUCAUUGCCGGAGACCCCUCCGGACGCUUCUCCAUCCCAACUGACCCCACCACCAACGAAGGCUUACUCACUGUUGUCAAGCCCAUAGAUUUUGAGCUGACCCGUUCCUUCAUGCUUACCGUGGAGGCAGAGAAUGAGGUCCCUCUGGCCCGUGGCAUCCAUCUGCCCCGUCAGUCUACAGCGACUGUCUCCGUACGAAUCCUGGACAUCAAUGAGAGUCCAGAGUUCAGCCCCAACCCCAAAUCCAUCAAACUGGAGGAAGGUCUACCUGCUGGGUCUUUGCUUACCACCUUCACUGCUCAGGACCCAGAUCGAUCCAUGAGACAGUCUGUCCGGUACUCCAAGUUGUAUGACCCUGCCAACUGGCUGGAGAUUGACCCAGUUAACGGACGGAUUUCCACCGUGGCGAUCCUUGACCGAGAGUCUCCAUAUAUCAAGAACAACCUCUACAAUGUCACGUUCAUGGCUUCUGAUGACGGCAUUCCUCCUGCCAGCGGGACAGGCACCCUCCAGAUGUACCUGCUGGACAUAAAUGACAAUGCCCCUCAAGUUUCCCCUCCUGAAGUGGAGAUGUGUGAGAAGCCGGAUCCCAGUGGCAUCAACAUCACAGCUAUCGAUUCUGAUCUGACCCCCAAUGGAGGACCCUUUGCUUUCGAGCUAGCCAAUCGCCCGUCAGACGUACGUCGAAACUGGACCCUAUAUCGCCUCAAUGGUGUAGAAGCCCAGCUUCGACUAAAGAUUGGCUCCCUGGCCAGUGGUAUCUAUGAGGUUCCUGUCAUCAUCACUGACUCUGGCAACCUGCCCAUGUCUAACACGUCCUUCCUGAGGGUCAAGGUCUGUCAGUGUAACCACCACGGAGACUGUGUGAACAUGGACAGAACCAUUGCAGCUGGACUGGGCACCGGAGCCAUCAUUGCCAUCCUCAUCUGCAUCAUCAUACUGUUAGUGCUGGUGCUGCUGAUUGUGAUGUGGAUGAAAAGAAGGGAUAAGGAGCGUCAGGCCAAGCAGCUUCUGAUCGACCCAGAGGACGACGUCCGAGACAACAUCCUCAAAUAUGAUGAGGAGGGAGGAGGAGAAGAAGAUCAGGACUACGAUCUGAGCCAGCUGCAGCAGCCUGAUGCUCUGGAGCCGGAGUGUGUCAAAGUGGGGAUCAGACGUCUGGAUGAGAGGCCUCUCCAUCACGAUCAUCAGUACCCCCUCCGCUCUGCUGCCCCUCACCCUGGAGAUAUAGGAGAUUUCAUUCAUGAGGGCCUGAAGGCUGCAGACAAUGACCCCACGGCUCCCCCCUACGACUCCCUGCUGGUGUUUGACUAUGAGGGCAGUGGUUCCACCGCCGGCACCCUCAGCUCCCUGCACUCAUCCUCAAGCUGUGGAGACCAGGACUACGAUUACCUCGGUGACUGGGGGCCACGCUUCCGCAAGCUGGCUGACCUGUACGGUGGAGGGGAUGAUUAGCACAUUCACCCUCCACGAACAAGAACCACUCUCCCCACUCUUGCUUCAAGUCUCAGACAGUGGGUGGAGUAAGACGGAUAAUAAUGGGAAACCACGGGGAUGGAUCAGCACUUCUGUAAUUCCACUGGACAGCUUGUUAAGACACUUGCUGCCUCUUGUGGACAGUUGAUGACAGUAGGGACCAUGCUGACUCCUUGCCUAGUAAGGCCUGGCACUGGCAAGAAUUCAGGCUAAUGGACGUGAUCUGAGCGUUAGCUCUUAUUCUAACAAAUGUGAGCCAUCAGGAAAGUGCUAAGAUUCUCUCUGAUGGCUGAGAGCUACGACAGCCAUGCUACAGACACUCAUUUACACUUGAAUCUUACAGUACAGCAGCACUGGGGUCAAAUGUGCCUUUUUGUACAUUCUUUUGAUUGUGUUCACUUCUGAUUCUAUUUGUUGCUUUAAAGCUCCUGGGAUUUAGCAACAGCAACCAGAGGAGCACUUUGCCAUUGUAAUGAGUUUAAGUGUGUGAUUUUGGUUUCCACCUCAUUCCUUGUACAUGUUUGUGUGUGAGAGUGAGUGUGUAUCAUUUCCACAGAGACACACUGGAUGGAAAAAUUAAAGGGCAAAGUCUUCUUGAGAUGCCUUGGAUGAUCCUGUCAGCAAAACAUGAUUUUACUGUGCAGCUCUGGGUCUUAAACUGAAUCAUCAACUGAAGUAAAUGUAGUCAUUUUCUGCUUCAUGUCAUACACUUACUUAUGUCUUAACACACACACACACACACACACACAUAUACAUAUAUAUAUA